AUGAACGCAUUGGCAGUGGAAAUUGUAGAACUUAGUGUAUCAUUUCAGUGGUAUUGGCUAGGUCACUGGCCAGAGUGGCCUAUGAGCGCUGGCGCGUUAGAUUUCGCGGGUCCCGUCGACGCGGUUGCUCUUAGUCGCAUGCCACGCCUCACAUCCGUAACUCUGCACUCCUUGUCUCUUGCAACCCCAAACAGUCAGAAGGAGGCUGCUGAAGCUCGCAAAAUGCCCUCCGACAAUGAUUCGUCAGAUCUCUCGUCGCUCUCGUCCCUUUCACCGGUUCCAUCCGAUGAUGAGCUCGAUGCCGGCCACGACGGCGGAGCGCCGCCCAAGAAGGGUGGUAUUAUGAAGUUCUUCUCCAAGGUAUCGGAGCAAUCGCCUAGAUCGCCAUCGCCCCCCCCGAGGAAAAGAUCACCAUCACCCACGCACGAAUAUGUGCUCGCAGAUAAUCCUGACAUUGCUUUCAUUGUCAUGUUUAGAAGCCGAUUUACCGAUGCGCUGCCGAAAUCACUUGCGAAUUUUGGUCCUCAGGAGCUGGAACGCGAUGUUGUUGAGCCCAUCCCGGGAGAUCGCGCAGAGCACUUUCUGUGCGCGCUACUGGGGCUGCUGUUGAAUCGCAAACAGGACGUCAAACCUGGGCAUUACGGCAGGGCGCUGGAGGACGCGCUCGCGUCGCACAAGGGCCAGUGGCCGGCAUCAUGGGAGGACAAGAGCCCAUUGUCAGGUGGCGGUGGAUUCAACACUAUGAACCCUACAGAAAGACUGACCCUUCUCCGAACAUUAAUCCUCUGGACCAUGGCCUCCUCUGAUAGCGUCAAAUCCAUAAUAAAUCAAGCUUACAAGCAAAACCGACACGAGGAUGAUUUGAACCAACCCCGCGCAGUUCAACCCUGGGGAUCCGACGGCGAUAAAAGAAGGUACUUCUUAGUGGAGGGCCAAGAUGACACUGCUUUCCGCGUAUAUAGGGAAAGCAACCCUGCCGGAGCGAACCGUACAUGGUGGAGCGUUGCUGGUUCGAUUGAGGAAUUGAGGUCACUAGCUGAAAAGCUCAAUACGAAGGACGGUGGCCCCAAGGCAAAAAAGCUGAGCAACAAGAUGUCACAGGCGAUUCCUCGUUUCGAGGCUGGCGAAGAGAAGCGAAGGCGCCGGGAUUACCGCCUAUUGCGCAAGGAACAAUUCAAGAGACCAGAGCCUGGCUUUUCAAUGUACGAAGGCAGGACUCGUGGUAAGCGCGUCAAGUAUACAUACUCCGACGACGAAGAUAUAUUCUAUUCCGAUUCGACCAACCGCCGAUCUGCACGCAAUACCGGCGCGAACACUCCCGCAGAGACUGGCCCCCUCACAACAGCCAGUGGGCGUCAGAUUCGUGCACCUCCUCGAAUGGCGGCCGGCGAUGACAGCGCAGCUGCGAGCGUCCAAGAUGACUUCUCUGAGGCUGACCGAGAAGGUUCCGUUGGAGUGACCGGUAGAUCGCGGCGAUCAGCGGGAACUGGCACGGCAAAUGGUCGGGCUGAUACUAAUGGCCGUGGCCACAGCCUCAGGCACUCUAUGGACUCGGAAGACGCUGUGAGCGAGGCUGAUUAUGGGGACGACGAAGAAGAUGCGGAGGCACAAGUUCCGGAGGACGAGGACGAGGAAGAGUACGAGUUUGACGAUGAUGAAGUUAUGGUUGAUGACGAUAUUGAUGACAGCCCAAAGAGCCUGGUGGUCAAGCUGGCAAUCACGUCACCGAAUCUGAGAACUGCGCUCACCCCCAUUGAUCCGGUGCCAAAUGCACUACCCACUCCCGAGGUGGAGGACCGAAAACCGGCGCUGGCUGAGGCCUCAGCCAAUGCCGUCCUUGAUGUCGUCAUGAAAGACUCUCCCGCGCUUGAGGCCGAGAACGAAAAGAAGUCAGACCUGCUGGCUGAGAAGUCGGCAGAGCAACCGUCACACAAGUUGGAUGAUCAGGCUGAUCAACCCGAGCUAGGCACAGCGCCCGCCAGCUCAGUUGCUAUUUCUUCGGCGUCGCUUGCGUUUCGUGGCAGCCCCGAGAAGAAGCAUGUGAAGCCAGCUAUAUUGCCAGACAUUCUCAAAACACCUCAAUAA